GGCGGCGCGUGGCUCCCGGGCCGGACCAGCGGAGAUGCGGCGGGUCCCGCGGGCGGGGCUGGCGCUGCUGCUGCUGGAAGUGGGGGUGCGCGCCGCGCUGCUGGGGCUCUUCCUGUGAGUGCAAAAGCGGGCCGGGAUGGGGGGGGGGUCGCGAGGGAGGCGCGGGCCUGGCAUCCCCGGGGAAGAGGAUGCGGGGAGAUCUCUCUCUCUCUCUCUCUGCCGCAAUGCACGCAGCAGGGAGCUUCCCUUUGAAAGCAACGCGGCGGUGCAGCAAAAGGCAAACUGGGCGAUGCGCAGGAGAGGUGCCUCCCUCUGCCCCUCUGCGCCUCCGGAGGUGAGAGCCAGGCCUGUCGGUGCCUCGUUUUGGGCAUGGGGUGGUACGCGAUAUGCGGCCCCCGGAGGACACCCUGGCACGUCUGGUCGUGGGUAUCUGCCUGUGCAUAUUGUGUGGCUCGCAGGAGCUGGAAAGAAAAUCCGCCGUGCCCCUUUGCGCCCCGUAGAUGUCUGCCCUGCUGCGCGGCGUGCACUGCAUGGGCCAAGGGCCCCAGACGAUGUCCUCCUUCAUCUCUAGGUCUACAUGCCUCUGGUGCAGGUUUCGUAACAUAAGGGCCUGGAAAGACGAGGAACAGGAAGCUGCCUUCUGCAGAAUCGGGCCCUUGGCCCAUCUCAGCUCAGUUUGCCAACUCUGGCUGGCAGCAGCUCUCCAGGUUUCAGGUCUCUCUGGCUGGAGAUGAUGGGGAAUCUCCCUUCAAGGUGGACGCCAUACUAGUACAGUGGUACCUCAGGUUACAGAUGCUUCAGGUUACAGACUCCACUAACUCAGAAAUAUUACCUUGGGUUAAGAACUUUGCUUCAAGAUGAGAACAGAAAUCACACGGCAGCAGCGGGAGGCCCCGUUAGCUAAAGUGGUGCGUCAGGUUAAGAACAGUUUCAGGUUAAGAACGGACCUCCAGAACGAAUUAAGUACUUAACCCAAGAUACCACUGUAUUCAGGAAAAGCCUCCUUAUAUCUGCAACACACUCCUGGCUCUAAUUUCUGCUGAGCUUGAUACUUCCCCAGUGCAUGGGAAAUAUCGCCAUAGGCUCUGUCUGACACACCCCUUUCCACCUGGUUCCUUCGCAGUGGGUAUAACACAGGGGUCUUCAGGAAGCAUCCUUAUACUGAGUCAGACCACAGCUCCAUUGAGCUGAGUGUUGCCUACCCUGACUGGCAACAACUCCCCAGAAAAUGCCAGUGGCAAGCAGAUGAUAUGGCAAGACCUGCUGGUCAGCUGACAUUCCCGCACCCCUUGUGUUGACACAAUGAGAGGAGUAGCUGCUCCUGUGUUUUGGCAGGGCUGUUGCCGCUUGUCUGACAUUUGGACUGACAGGAGUCCAAGGCUGAUGUGUUCUUUUUGGAUUCGGCUCCAGAGACGUAGGGGUAGGGCUGUUCUGCUCUGCACUUGCAAUGUUGAAAUGGUUCCACUCACCGUUGUUUAAAUAAUUCUGCCGCGUUCUCACAGCCCAGGCUUUUACUGUAGGGAGAGGCCUGCCUCUCUGAGCAGCCCCAUCUUUUCUCUCUAGCUAGGCUGUUGAAAAUGAACCCCGUAUUCCUGUUAAUCUCACAGAUGCCUCGAUUUUUAAAAUGGGUUCAUGCCCACGGGAAAAGAGAGAGGAGUUGCCAUUUUGCAAUGAAUCAGAGCAGACUCCGAGGGCAUUUCCUUGCGCUAGGACAAAGUACAUGUUUUAACCCUCACAUGACUCUCAAGCCUCUGGUCCAACACUAUUUUACAUAUUAAAACUCAAUUUCGAAAACAGUGGGAGAGAUGAAAAGAAUCCCUUGUUGUUCGUUUCAGUUGUUUUAACUGUUUUUAAAUUUGUAUUUCUACAUUGUUGUAGGACCUGGGGCCUUAUGGUGAAGAGCAGGCAAUUAUUAUAAUCCUCAUCAUUGUCAUCAUUCUUGUUAAUAGUCCUGUUGCAGAGAAUAUCCAAGAGGAGCCCAUGUUAACUUGGUUAAUCACAUUGCAUGCACCAAUUUUAAGAGCAAAGGAUUGACCAGGGUGGGUGAGGAGAGAAUCACAUUUUCACAUAUACAAAGUAUUUCUCUUCGCUUAGAAUAGGGAUAGGGGAACUGUGACUCUCCUGUUGCUCUUAGACUACAGUUCCCAUCAUUCCUGACCAUUGGCUGUGCUGGCUUAGAGGUGGUCAGAGUUGGACUCAGCAACUCUCCUCAUUCCUGACUUGGAAAACACAAAAUGCACGGCUUCAAGGGGAAGUCAUAUAGACCCUAUGCAACCAAUAAGUAGCAAAUAGGAAUUGAUCAUGUGUGUAUGUGCACACACAGUCUUAUCAUUCAGACAGGCCUGAGAAUGCUGAACGGUCCAAUGCUAGCUUGCAGGUUUCUGCACGAUCAGGGAUAUCAAGCCUGCUCAAAAUUCAUUGCUUAGAAACAUAGCCACUCUCCCUGCCUUCAGAGGGCAUCCUCUCUCCUCACUUAGAUGAGAUAAAUACACCCUCCAGGCUGCUGAAAUCUGUAGUUCAUAACCUGCAGAAAUCCAGCUCUAGAGCUUGCACAGGUUAUGCCCCUCUUAUCAACCACUGUGUAGGUCAGAGGUGGGGCAGAGUCCCUUAUAUGUGUGUGCAUGCAGUGGGGAAAGCACGCCUUGAAAUUUAUCAUUUGUUUAUUUAAUGUGCUUACACACUGACUUUUGUCACAGGUGACCUCAAAGCAGUAUUUUUAAAAAAUCAUGGAUUCCAAAUCAUAGAGCACAAUUUAAGAUAACGGUAAAACAUCAUCAAUAUCAAUACUAAAACCACGAAGCAGAUUCAAGACUCGGAAUCAGUUUUACCAAACCUGCAGCAAAAUAAAAAGGGCAGUGAACUCCCAACAAACUCAUGGCUGUCCAUGCCUAGAGGAGGAGGGUGUUCCAGGACCGGGGCACCUCUGCCACGCUAGAGACAUUUGGUUUUUCCUCUCCUCCCUCUCCAUACGCAUCCAGGACUGGCAUUCCAUGAAUCCCGUCUUCUGGGCGCAGGGAGCCAAAUCGAGGUCAACGCAGUGACUGGCUGCCUGUUCCUCAUAUGAUUGGAGCUCCUGUAUUAUUUGUAGUUAUUUGGAAUUUUGGUUUCUUUACGAAAACAAUAUGAUAUUUCAAGUGAUAAUAGGAGACCGCUUUGAAAAUGCCUGCUGGAAAUGGUUGCAUCAUUCUUGUUCCUCAGAUCUCCCUGUGACCAUAUUGGGAGGAAACCCCAGUACUGGCUUUCUGCUUUUUCUUUAAAAUCACCACCACCCAAGAGGUGUUCACACAUUGCAUCCAAGGGGUGCACAGUCUGCGUGGACAAGGGUUGUACACGUGAACAGGCGCACACUCUUUCACACACUUAACGUGUGCGUGGAGGCUGCUUGUACCUGUGUCCAGUGUAUUGUGCAAACGCGCCUUUAGUCCUUGGGUUGUGCUUCCUCUCCAGGUUCACUGAGCUGCUGCCUCCGUUCCAGCGAGUCAUACAGCCGGAAGAAAUGUGGCUUUAUAAAUACCCCUAUGUGGAGUCCGACCAUGUACCCGCUAAGCCCAUGUUUGUAAGUAUUUGUUCAUGCCAGCCGUCUUGUACAGUGUAGGCUGUGCUUGUAGUUAUGUGUCCUUUGCAGGCAGAUGCCGCUUCAGAUUUGUCUCCAGUGCGUGGUACGUUCGGUGAAGCACACAUCUAUGUAAGGGUUAGUCAGUGGGAUGCCCUCCAGAUGUUGUGGAUUGCAACUCCUAUCAUCAUCACCACCACCAUUUUAUUAAAUUUAAUAACCAUAACCAGAAGCUUUUAUUUUGGGAAUUAUAGGGAUAGAGCUACCUAAACCAAGGGUCAGCAAGGUUUACCAGCCAUGGGCCGGAUCACUCUCAUGGAGAUCGUCCGUGGGCCGGGCUGGUGCAGCGCGAUGCUGGAAAUCGCUUCUGCACAUGCUCAGACGCUGAAAAUCAUGCCUGCGCAGAAGCGAUUUUCAGCGUCUGGACAUGCACAGGCGUGAUUUCUGGCAUCUGUGUGUGCGCAGAUGUGAUUUCCGGCGCCGCAUGGCGAGUCCCCACGCCACACUGUGUUGGUUUACUGCAGCGCGUGGGGGACUCGCCAGGCAGGUGGCUUGUGGGCCGGUAAAACAGUCUUUGUGGGCUGCACGUUGCUGACCCCUGACCUAAACCAUGGGUAGGCAGACUAAGGUCUGGGGGGCAGAUCCGGCCCAAUUGCCUUCUAAAUCCGGUCUGCGGACGGUCCGGGAAUCAGCGUGUUUUUAACAUGAGUAGAAUGUGUGCUUUUAUUUAAAAUGCAUCUCUGGGUUAUUUGCGGGGCGUAGGAAUUCGUUCAUUUAUUUUUUUUCAAAAUAUAGUCCAGUCCCCCACAAGGUCUGAGGGACCGUGGACCAGCCCCUCGCUGAAAAAGUUUGCUGACCCCUGACCUAGACUGUAUAGAAAUUUAUUCAUGUAUGUGACUAGAGCGGCAAUAAUGUUACGCGCCCCAAAAUGGACAGAAGCAGAAGUCCCAGCGAAGGUAGAAUGGAUACAAAAUCUUAAUGGAAUAUACAGAAAUGGUGAAACUUACCGGAAGAAUAAGAAAUCAAGAUAACAAACUUUUUAUAAAAGAAUGGAAAUGCUUUAUUGAAUAUUUCCAGAUAAAUUGUACACAAAUAAGAACAUUGGCAGGAUUAUUGUAAUAACCUGCAGUUCUGUAAGAGUAUAUAUUUAAAGCAGAUGAAUAAAAGAGCAAAUUAAGUUAAUUUGGACAGGCAGAAGAUAUUAAAAAUACAUUUAAGGAACCACAGAGAGAGGGGGAAGGAAGUCAAGUUUUGAAAUGUUAAAAUGAUUGCAAAAUUAGUGAAAUCAUCAUUUAUCAUCAUUUUUUAUUUCUAUGCCGCCUUUCCACAAGUUAAAAAAUCAAUGCUCAAGGGGGCUUACAGCAUAACAAGAUUUACAUACCGUAUUUUUCGCUCUAUAGGACGCACUUUUCCCCCUCCAAAAAUGAAGGGGAAAUGUGUGUGCGUCCUAUGGAGCGAAUGCAGGCUUUCGCUGAAGCCUGGAGAGCGAGAGGGGUCGCACCAACCCCUCUCGCUCUCCAGGCUCCAGGAAGCUAUCUGCAAGCCUUCGGAGCGCGGCAGGAGCGCCUGCCGGGCUUCCAAGGCUUGCAGAUAGCAGGCAGCAGCCCGAAUCCCGGGGAGCGGAGCGCUGCACACCCCAGGCUUUGGGCAGCUAUCUGCAAACUCCGGGAGCGAAGGCGAGGUUGCGCACAACCUUGCCCCCGCUCCUGGACCUGUUCUGGGGGCUGGGGUUGGGGGAAGCUCGGGCUUCCCCCGCCCCAGCCCCACAGCUAAAAAGGAAGUCAAGACAGCCAGCGGGAUCCAUCCGCUCGCUGUUUUGGCUUCUGCCAAAGCCGCGCGCAGCCUCUCCCAGCUGGAGAGGUUAUGCGUGGCUAAAGAGGAAGCCAAGACAGCCAGCGGGAAUUUUUUUUUCUUUAUUUCCACCCAAAAAAAACUAGGUGCGCCCUAUGGUCCGGUGCGCCCUUUAGAACAAAAAAUACGGUAAUUACAAAAGUCAUAAACAAUAAAUAAGCCACAUCAAAAAAAUACAAACCAAAUGGGAAACAAUUUCCACAUAAAUUAAAAUCUAAAACUAAGAAUAUAGCAUUAAUAUCACAGUUUAAAAUAACAUAGGUAAAAAAAUAACAGCAAUUUAAACAAACAAAACAAAACAAAAUGGACUCCUCUUUGCCCAGCAGCAGCAGCAGUCCUUUAUAGAGCCCAUCAGGCCCCGUCCUGGGCCAGGUGGUGAGUGGCAGAACUGGGGCCCUCAGGUGCUGAGCAGGGGAGGAAAUGUAUAAACCUGAAAAGCAUAAAUAAAAUAAUAAUAAAUAAAUAAAUAAAUAAAUCAUCAUCCCUGGGCAUUGACCAUGCUGACUGGGACUGAUGGGAGUUCCUCUUAGUCCCCUUGGACAUAGGAUACGAGGUCUUUUCCCAAUAGGUAAGGGGUGGGGAUCCUGUCUCCCUCCCAAAGUCGCUUGAUUACAAGUCUCGUCAUCCCUGACCGUUGGCCAUGCUGCUUGUUGUGGAUGGGAGACAGGGUCCAAAACCCUUCGUGGAACCAUGGGAUUGUAGCGUUGGGAGAGACCUUAAUGGUCAUCCAUUCCAACCCCUGCAAUGCAGGAUCACAGCUAAAGGAUCCCUUUGCUCCAAGGAUCUCCUAUAAGCUGGAGAGUCUUAAAUACCUUAGUAAUACCUUAGUAGAAUAUCAACUACAAUCUCAAUGUUUAAUUGAUUAAAAUGAACUGUUUUCUCUUGAUUUAUCAGGCAGCAUACAUUUUAAUAUAGUACUUAUAAAAAUUAUGGGUGGCAAGCACCUUUUUCCUUGAUAGGUUGUAUCCAAUGAAGAUCUACCCAGAAUAGACCCUGUGAACUUAAUGGCCAUAAUUUAGGCCUGCCCAUUAUUUUCAAUGGGUCUGUUCUAAUGCUGGAUACAACCCUAUAUGUUGCUCUUGCAGCGCUGCUGACUCUAUUUCUUGUGUCUUCCCAUCUCAUUCCAGCUCAUUUCCUUUUUGUCUCCCCUGAUCUUGAUUCUCCUGGCGAAAUUCUUCAUGAACGCGGACCAAGAGGAUACACGGGAAGCCUGCUUAGGUGAAUACAUCUUUGCACACCGCAGUUGAACUAUGGGGUUCGCUCCCACAAGAUGUAGCCCUGGCCACCAACUUGAACAGCUUUGAAAGUAUCACAGUGGAUAAAGCUAUCUGUGGCUGCAAGACGCAAGGACCUUGUAUUGCUUGCAGUGUCAAACCCAGUACUAGUUUCUGGGCCAGGAGAGAGAGAUGCUUUUGGGCUCAUAUUCUGCUUAUGAGUUCCCUUAGACAACUGGAAAGGCAGAAACAGGAUGCUAGAUGUGAGGGGUCCUUCGUCUGAUUUAGCAAGUCUCCAGAUCCACUUGUCUAUGGAACCGCCUCUCCUGGUAUGCCCUGCAGAGGACCUUAAGGUCCAUGAAUAACCAUAGUUUAGAGGUCAGACUAUCCUCCACCAGGGCCAGGGACUUUUCAGCGAUGGCUCCCACCUGGUGGAAUGCUCUGUCCCAUGAGACUUGGGUCCUUCAGGAUUUAACCUCCUUCCAUCGGGCUUGUAAGACAGAGCUAUUCUGCCUGGCCUUUAAUUUGAAUUCAGCCUGAUCUUUUAUUUCCCUUCCCUUCCCUCCCCCUCCCCUUUUAUGAAGAUCACCCGCUCUGAGACCCCACAGCUAAUUCUCCCCUGGCCUCCUCACUGGCCCAAGUAGGACCAAUUCAGCCAGCUAGCCCUGGGGAUUAUCUAAGGCUUAUUUCCCCUAAACUGAUUUUUGAAUUUUGAAUUUUAUUGUUAUUCAUGUUUUUAUACUGUAUUUUAUGCUUCUUUUAUAAUUAAGUGUUUUAAAUUUGUUGUUAGCCGCCCUGAGCCCGGUUUUUGAACUGGGAAUGGCGGGGUAUAAAUAAAAUUUAUUAUUAUUAUUAUUAUUAUUAUUAUUAACUAAUUAUAAGCUUUGAGUCCAACUUACCCCCUCCACAGCAGAAAAUGCAAGAAUACAUCAAUGAACCAAAAGAAGGAUCAUCUAUAAACUUAGAACUGAUUUGAGUGUUCAGAUAAACCAUGCAGUCCGGUCCGGAUGGGCCUUUUCUGUUUACUUCUUAGGGCACAGCAGCACCACAUAUUUAAAGUGCUUUAACAAUCUUCCCAGGAAACUCUGGGAAUUGCAGUUCUGUGAAAGUGAAAGGUGUCUCCUAGCAAUUCUCAGUGCACUUAACUACACUUCUAAGGAUUCUUUGUGGAAAGCUCUGACAUUUAAAGUGCUACAAUAAAUUGCUUUAAAUGUAUACUGUGGAUCAGGCCCCAAACCCCUACCUGCCCCCUGAAGCAGUCAAAGAAGUAGGCUUUUAUCGCUUGUUUAAUUUGUAUUCCCCCAAAUGGUGGUCGAGGUCGACUAACAGCAAUAAUUCAAACAAAAUAAAAUAACAGUAAAAUAUAAAGUAAAAAAAAUUAAAGCACAACAGGUGCAACAUUCAGUAAAGUCAAUCUUCUGAUGGUAAAAUUGUUUUAACUGAUUUUACCAUUGUAUUUUUAUAUUGUAGUAACCUGUCCCAGGACCUUAGGGUGAAGGGUGGAUAAUAAGCAGUAUAUAAAUCCUUGCUAAAUACACAAGCCAAUUGCAAUGUAUUUCCAAGACAGCUUCCUGUCCACAUAAAAAUGUAUUUGCUUGCCAGUGGAAGAUGCUUCAGACAGGGGACUGGCUGAGCUUCCCUUGAGAAGGAGUUCCAGAACUUGGGGCCAGCUACCAAGAAUAGCCAUGUACUCGCCUGUUCUAGCUUUCUGGCUGGGGUGCAAAGGCACUGGGAUAACUUGAAAGAGUAGCUUCUUAUUUAAUGUUACAAAAUAUAAUUUUACUUCAUUUCUAUAGAGUACAAUUCAACCACUUUAAACAUAUCGAGCUUCUUGGGUGGGGUCCAGUAUAUGUGAAGGAGCAUCUCCACCCCCAUCAUUCAGCCCAGACACUGAGGUCCAGCUCCGAGGGCCUUCUGGCGGGUCCCUCACUGUGAGAAGCCAUGUUACAGGGAAGCAGGCAGAGGGCCUUCUCAGUAGUGGCACCCGCCCUGUGGAACGCCCUCCCACCAGAUGUCAAAGAGAAAAACAACUACCAGACUUUUAGAAGACAUCUGAAGGCAGCCCUGUUUAGGGAAGCUUUUAAUGUUUGAUACAUUACUAUAUUUUAAUAUUUUGUUGGAAGCUGCCCAGAGUGGCUGGGGAAGCCCAGCCAGGUGGGCGGGGUAUGAAUAAUAAUAAUAAUAAUAAUUUAUUAUUAUUAUUAUUAUUAUUAUUAUUAUUAUUAUUACCAGCCCCAUCACUGGAAGCCCUGAGCUAAAAUUUGUGCAAUGGGGCUUUCCCUCCCACCCCCAUCCAUUCCUCCCAGGAGAAGGAAAGGAGGAAUCUCUCUGACAAACUUCAAUGCUUGUGCAGAUGGAAUGAUGGGAAGACCAUGGCUUGAAUUCCACGAUUGUGUUUCACCUUUGCAAUAAUUCUCCCCCUUAAGACAGCCCUCUCGCCACAACAUUUCUGACAAUAAGCCUGACUAGGGUUGAAUCAGUAAAGAUGAUGAAAACAAUGGGUUCUUCCUUCUUCUUUCCUCCAGCUGCCAGCCUGGCUCUUACCCUGAAUGGUGUCUUUACCAAUGCUGUGAAGCUGGCCGUGGGCAGGUGAGAUCCUGUUUUUCCUUGUGUGUGUUUGUUCUAGUCCUUUCUGUAGAGUGUGUAUUUUUGCAUUUUGGCUGCCGGUUGCAGAAGGUUGGACCGGGCUGUCUGCUUUUCGGAAUGGAUUGCAUAAAUAUCCUGAGAGUGGCAGAGUGGAGAGUAACAUUUCAGACUGCAAUGGGUUUGUCUCUGCCAUUUUUGAAUGCCCGUCCCAAAUGUGGAAUAGUUCCCCAGUGCUGGAGAACAUGGCACAAUUUACGUAUUUAUCUAUUCAUUAAAACUCUUUCUGCACAUAUAUACACAGUAUAUAAUGCCCUCUUUCAUUAUGAGAAGUGGUAACAUGGUGGUUCAUACUGAGCAGAAAGGUUGGAGCACAGGGCCUGUCCUCCUAGUUUUCUACUUGCAGGGACAUUCCCACCACCACCGAUUCUAUAGGGGAGUAUUUAAAAAGAAGAAGAAGAAGAAGAAGAAGAAGAAGAAGAAGAAGAAGAAGAGGAGGAGUUUGGAUUUGAUAUCCCGCCUUUCACUCCCCUUCAGGAGUCUCAAAGCGGCUAACAUUCUCCUUUCCCUUCCAACUAAUUUCUACCCAGACUAUAGAAUCAAAGAAUUGUAGAGUUUGAAAGGACCCUCUAGUCCAAACCCCUGCAAUGGAGAAAUUCUGUCCACGGCUAUCCCUGGAUGGGCCCAAACCACAAACCUUCUGGUUCACAGCCAGACACAUUGAGUAGGCCUAUUGAAAUGGAUAGACAGGCUAACUUAGGUCCAACUCUGGAUUUAGAUUGGUCUACUCUGAGUAGAAAUUAGUUGAAUAUGACCCAGUGGGUCUACUCUGAGCAUGGCUGACAUUGGAAACAAUCCAUGAUUUUCCUCCACUGUCAAUCUGAAAUCUUAACAGUCCAGCAGGCCACCUCAGGAUUCUGCUAUCACUUGUCACCUAGUUCUGCUCUAUGGGCAAGCCAGGCAGUCUGUUUCCUAGUAAACGUGGCUCCUGAAAUCCCAUUUGCCUUCUAUUCCUUCAUCUUUCUUUCUUAUCUCCUUCUAGGCUACUGCCUGGAGACUAGAGAAUGAAAAGGCAAGGUUGGGGGUGCGGGCUGGGCAGGGGUCUCCUAGAUGUUGCUGGACUCCAGCUCUCAUUCUCUGUCAGCAUGGUCCUUGCCAGCUGGAGGUGAUAGGGGUUGGGAUUUGGUAUUUAUGUCCUCUGCUGCUGCCGCCUUCUCCAGAGCAAUUUUCAGCCAAGCAAAGGCCUUUACUUGCAAGACGCCAGGGUGGCUUAUGGAAGGGCCAGUAGUUGUGGAGUCUGCAAGAGGAGCUGCAUGGUCAGGUUGUGGAGCGCAGCGCUAGAUUUCGCCUUGCUUCUUCCUCUCCGCACUUAUCGUUCAGAGCCCCACGCUUUGCAUCUCUUCCUCACUUCAGGCCUCGACCGGAUUUCUUCUACCGCUGCUUCCCAGAUGGCCGGGAGACCCUUCAGCUGCUGUGCACCGGGGACGCGCAAAUAGUGACCGAGGGGCGCAAGAGCUUCCCCAGUGGACAUUCCUCUUGUGAGUGCGCAAGCUGUCUCGUUUAGGGGCUGCAGCCGGGGAUGGGAAGCACCAAAUGGGGAGAUGGGAUGGAUCCAGGGUGAGUUCAAGGCAGCCAUGCGCAGAUCUCUCCAGGGUGCAUCUGCAGAGAGACUGUUUUGUGAGCAGAAGAGUGUCCUGGCUACAACCAUAUGGUACACUUGCAGCAUUAUAAAUCCCCAUGACGGCUCCUCUGCCCCAUCUCCACCCCUGCAAACAGGUGAUCUUCAUGGUUGCUGCUUUGCUUCAUCUCCACCCCUACCCAUGCUAUCUCCAAAGACUGCUCGUUCACCCAAUCCCCAACCCACACAAACCCCAAGCAUUGCUCCUUCACCCGAUCUCUACCAUGCACAAGAUCCCCAAAGACUGUUCCUUUCCUCCAUCUCCACCCUCCCACCGGCACAAUCCCUAAAUACAGCUCCUUUGCUCAUCCCUACCCCACCGGUGCAAUCUCAAAAGACUGUUCAGUUGCUCAAUCCACAUCCUCCUACUCAUGCAAUCCCCAAUGAUUGCUGCUUUACCCAAUCUCCACCCUCACCUGUACAAUUCUUCGCCCAUCCCCCCCACUAACCUGAUCGCCAAAGAUUGCCCAGUCCCCACAAGUGCAAUCCCCAAAUACAGCUCCCAUUUGUAGCCCCCACAUGUGCCAUCCCCAAAUAUUGUUCCGAUAUCCACCCCCCCAUCGUGAUCUCUAAAGACUACUCCUAUGUCCAAUCACCAACCCCUCACCCACACGAUACCCAAAUACUGCUGUUUCACCUGAGCUCCACACACACACUCCCCAAUCUGUGCAGUAAAAAGGUGAAGGUACCCCUGACCAUUAGGUCGUGGACGACACUGGGGUUGUGUGCUCAUCUUGCUCUAUAGGCUGAGGGAGCCGGUGUUUGUCUGCAGACAGCUUCCGGGUCAUGUGGCCAGCAUGACUAAGCUGCUUCUGGUGAACCAGAGCAGCACACGGAACGCCGUUUACCUUCCCUCCGGAGUGGUACCUAUUUAUCUACUUGCACUUUGACGUGCUUUCGAACUGCUAGGUGGGCAGGAGAAGGGACCGAGCAAUGGAAGCUCACCCGUGGCGGGGAUUCGAGCCGCCGACCUUCUGAUCGGCAAGUCCUAGGCUCUGUGGUUUAGACCACAGCACCACCCUCGUCCCCCAAUCUGUGCAGUGCAAUCUCCAAAAUCUGCUCUGUCGUCUGCUCCUUCACCCGAUCUCCAGCCCCCAAUCCCCAAAGACCCCUCCUUUGCUUGAUGUCCACCCACACAACAUGCCUAUUAAUAUACAGGCCUGAGUUUCCACUUCCACUGUUCUCUGUCUUUAUUCCUCCCUCAUCCACCCCCUUCUCCCUUCUCUGCAACUGGAACAACUUAAUCAUCUCCCUCACUGACAGUGAACUCUCAGCUGACCGGAACCUGCAGCCAACCACCAGAUCAAUACACCUGAUCCAGGCCCUGUCUAUUAAAAUCUUAAAGCGAUCACAUUUCCUCUGUUAGAACCUGUCACCACAGCUCUUUGCAGUCACAGAAUGUUUCUUCAAAACUUAGAGCAAAAUGAACCACAUAGAGAGAGUUUCUCUACAGACUCCAACUCCCAUCGUGCUUGACCAUUGGCCAUGCUGACUGGGGCUGCUGGGAGCUGGUCUCCAUGUUGGCUUCCGCUGCUCUGAAUGUUCCCCUCAAUGUGGCUCACCUGAGAGCCUGUGCCAUUGAAGUCUACAGGGCUAACUUUUGAGUCCUCUUGUAUAGUGUUGCCUUGCAAAGGCAUUGCCCACCUUCUGAGCUCAGCCUCUCCUAUAGCUUGCCGAGAGAUCAGGGACUAUUAGUUCCUCAGGUGUUUAUGGAUCUGUCGCUAAUGUUAGCGGGGACUCUUUGUCUUGCUGGGUCUUGCAGUGAUCAUUCCUCUCUUCCAGUUGCCUUUGCCGGCCUCGCCUUUGGCUCCUUCUACAUCGCAGGGAAGCUCCACUGCUUUGCGCCUGGCGGGCGUGGGCAGUCCUGGCGCCUCUGUGCCUUCUUGGCGCCCCUCUUUGUGGCGAUGCUCAUUGCUUUAUCCCGCACCUGCGAUUACAAGCAUCACUGGCAAGGUGAGUGAGAAGUUGAUGGAGAAGUGAGGCACAUGCCACGAAGAUGGCAAGUGGCUGUCUGCCUGUGGCUAACCUGUGAUGUUGCUUGACUACAAUUCCCAUCAGUUGUAGCCAAUGGGCAGUAGUCAAGGAGGAUGGGAGUUGUAGUCCAGCAACCCCUGGAAGGCUUCAGGAUCCCCAACCCUGGAGUAAUGGGUGGAGGUUGGCUGUACUCCCUACUUAAGUGCAUGUCUGCGUCCACGCCAGGGUUUGGAACAGGAUAGAGGGCUGAAUCCCCUCCUGCCCAUUGCAGGAUUUUUACUCCACAUAUUCCUCUGGAAAAAACCAGCUGACAGAUGUCAGGAAUCCCUUGCUCCCUGCCUUCAGACUUACCGUGUAAAAGACACAGCACACAGGGAAAAGUGAUUGGGAGGGAGGAGGGGAGAAGCAAACUAUGGCACCGGUUCUUAGAGCAGCAGCCAGUUGCUCUUGCCACUGCUGGACUGGGUUUUCCCUCCCUGUCACCCAGUUAGAUGAGCUGCAUAUCUGACCAAGCAUGGUGCCGUCUUGUAUUUUUCCAUUCAUUCAUUUGGAGAGGAAGCAUAGACCAGUGGCAGAGCACAUGGCUUUGUAUGCAGAACAUUCCCUGCUCAGUCACUGGUAUUUCCAGUUUAAGAGGCAGGUAGCAGGUGAUAGGAAUGACUUCCCUUCGCUUGAAGCCUUGUAGAGCUUCUACCGGUCAGAGUUGACAAUUCUGGGUUAGAUGAACAAAUGGUCCAAACCGGUAUAAGGCAGCUUCCCCUAUGAGGAAGGAAGAGCGUUGCUUUGCAUGCAGAAGGUCCCAGGUUCCAUCCCUGGCAAUGGACAGGGAAUGUCCCAUCUGAAACUCUGGAAAGCCACUGCCAGUCAGGGUCAGGAAUACUGACCUAGAUAGACCAGGAGUCUGACUCUGUAUGAGGCAAUUUCCUACUCUUCUCCCUACACACGAAGAGGAUAGGAGCAGAGUUCUGUGCUGUUGCUAGCCAGCCCCAAGCUGAAACCAUCUUUGCAUUCUCUCCUCUUUGUGUUUUCUUCCCAAGAUGUGCUGGUUGGUUCAGGAAUGGGCCUUGCAUUUGCCUACCUGUGCUACAGACAGCAUUACCCUCCUCUGACGGAUCCCGAGUGCCAUCAGCCGCUGCAGCGCAAAUCCAGGUUCUCUGCCCCAGAGAGACAAAAGCUGACAGUCUCUGGUUUCAGCCUCGAUGUAUAAAGACCUCAGGAUCCCCACCUGCGUGUUCUGGGUGCUGGAAAAGGAGGGAGGCCACAGCCUUCGGUGUUACUUUGUGCCUGGAGGAGGAGUGAGGUUGGAUCACACCAUUUUUAAAUGCCGGCAGUCCAGUUGGGGGGCUUUGAGAUCUGCUCUGGCCCUACCAGUCUGUUUACACAGGGACCUAGGGAACAGUGCUGGGCAUUGCAUGGCAAUUCUGGAGGCAAUUCUCUCCUACUAGACAGCAGGGCCUAGACCAAUCGCAUUUCCAGCCCAGCCCAUGCCACUCUUAAUAAUGCAGUUGCCCUAAGCCAAAAGGCAAUCUGGUCCAGUCCUUUGCUGUAAGGCAAAACCAUCACCUGCCGCUCGCCUCCACACAGAUCACCAGAGCUCCGUCCCAGCCAGGGUGACUCCUACACUGAACACCACUCCCUUAAAGAUGACCCACAUUUUAUUGACCAGCAGUGGGACACACUCCCUCCCAUUUAUUCUGGAUGGAGGAGAGCUGUUGAGAGCUUCUCUCUGUGAAAGGGUGUGGUGAUGCCUUUCCCCCACUCACGGAUGAAAGGCGGCACGCCAACACGAUUUUGGGGUCCUGCCUCUUUCUCUGCCCUUUUGCGUUAUGCCACACCCAGUGACAACCAUAUUGGGACUAGAGUUGAUGGCACAUUGUAAAAAUUUCAGAUGAGCCCACUGGGCCCCGAGAGUUUGACGACCUCUUCCUUAGCGUAGACAGGGUCCCUGGUCGGUUUUCUGCCCUUCCAGCUACCUCCAGGCUUUCCCCAUUCAACCUGUACAUUCCCCACACAGGUCGGCUGGCUUUUAUGUUCAGAAGCCUAGCAAGCCUAAAAGCGUGUGGGAGCGGAAGCAUUUGUGGAUCUGAGCCCACCUCCUUCAUCAGAUGCAUGAAAUGUUACCCUCGGCUGAUGGGGUGUACGGUUCCUGGGGAAGCGGCAUGCAGCUUACUUGGAGAGCAUCUUCCUUGCAUGCAGAAGGUGCCAGGAACAGCUCCUGGUGUCUCCAGGUGCAGCUGGGAAACAGCACCUGCCUGAGACCCUGGGAAGCCACUGCUGGUCAGUGAAGACUGAGCUAGAGGGACCCAAUGAUCUGACUUGGUAUAAGGCAGCUUCCGAUGUUUCUAUAGUCCUCUCUCAUAUAUACAUAUGAGAGCCUGUCACUUGAACCUCAAGCAUGUCUACUUAGAAGUCCCUCCCAGUUCACAGGUGUUUACUCACCAGUGAGCGUGUUUAGGAUUGCAGUUGAGAGGAGAGCAAGAAAAAUUUUGGGCAGAGUUGCAGCUAAUGCAUGUAUGAUGCAAUGGACUAAUGAAUGAAAGUUCCUGCCAUGAUGCAUUUGAUUCCGUUUUUGGUACCAGAAGACUCUCUCUCCUUUUGUUUGCUGCAGCAGAUAAGCCCCGUUUGCCCCUCUGCUACUCAGAAGUAUCUGCUCCUUUGACCUCCUGCAAAAGCAGGUUCUGUGCUGUGCAGACCAGCUCUUCCUUAGAUGGAUGUGCAUAUUCCAGAGGAUGGGUGCGCAGAGAUGCAGCCUAGCGCCCUGAGAACUGCAGCAUCUAUUCUGAAAAAGGCAAUUGUGUCCCUAGAGCUAGGAAGAAAAGCAUAGAAGCUUUUUAUCUGUUGUCCACUUAGAAAAUCAAACAGUGCCCCUUGUGGCCUUUAGGUGGGCAGGGCUUCAAUAUACUCCUGGUUUUAGACAGGUGGGGAACUUGUAGCCCUUCAUAUGUUGGACUACAUUGGCCACUAUUCCUGACCAUUGGUCAUUCUGGCCAGGGCCGAGGGGAGUCCAGCAACAUCUGGAGGGCCACAGACUCCCCAUUCCUGCUUUAGGCUGUGACGAGUGUUUCCACCACCCUCAUUGCACAUCCAUUCUGAUUUUCCACAUUUCCUUCCCUUGAUCCCAGCCCUGAAAAAUCUAGACUAUGAAAACCUGAGUCUUAGCGACAUUAACUUAUUAUAUAGAAUGUGGGUAAUUUAUUCUAAAUGUCAAAUGUGCACUUUUUCAGUGUAGAGUCAAUCCUGCUUUUAUCAGGUCAUUGCAGACUAUGGACUCCAGGCUUGUAGUGAUGUGUGGAACUUUACUGUGAGAAAAUCAUGUUCUUUAUCUGUUAAUGUUUUAUCUUCCUAGUAGCAUAUCUUGAUUUCAACAAGAUUCCCCAUAAUAUUCUUGUUGACAGAUUGGUAAAAUGUGGGCUAGAUCAGUGUUUCCCAACCUUGGGCCUCCAGCUGUUUUCGAACUACAAUUCCCAUCAUCCCUGACCACUGGUCUUGCUAGCUGAGGAUUAUGGGAGUUGUAGUCCAAAAACAGCUGGAGGCCCAAGGUUGGGAAAUGCUGGGCUAGAUGAUGCUACUGUUGGGUGGAUUUGUAGCUGCUUGACAAACUUUACCCAAAGGGUGCCCAUCAAUGACUCCUCGUUCAUCUGGGAAGAAGUGAUGUGUGGGGUUCUGUCCUGUUCUGUUAUUUGACACCUUUAUCAAUGAGUUGGGCAAAGGAGUGUAGGAUCCUUAUGAGAUUUGCAGGUGACAGAGCUGCAUGUAAAGUUCUGCAUUAAGUUAGGAGGAAUAAGGCACUCAUAUACAAGAUGGGUGAUGCCUCGUAGAAAUGCAAAAGAUUCAGGGAUUUUAGUAGAGCAGAAACUAAAUGUGAUCCCCCAGUGUUGUGCGGUAUCUAAAAAGGCUAAUAUAGUAGUACCUCCGGUUACGUAAUCCUCUGGUUACGUAAACUUCGGGAUGCUGAAAAGGCCUUUGACAAUAUAUCAUGGGACUUUAUGCUAAAAAAUUUAGAAUAUAUGGAUGUGGGUACGGAAUUCUUCAACGGAAUAAAGGCAAUAUAUACAGAGCAAAAAGCAAAGUUGAUAGUAAAUAAUACUACGACAGAAGAUAUAAAAAUAACUAAAGGUACAAGACAGGGAUGUCCAUUAUCGCCACUAUUAUUCAUUCUGGUACUGGAAGUCUUACUAAAAUCAGUAAGGAAAAAUGAAGAAAUAAAAGGGGUCUGUAGGAAAAAAUGAAUAUAAAGUUAAAGCGUUUGCGGACGACUUAGUAAUAACGGUAGAAGAACCAUCGGGAAGUGUUAAAAGAAUUUUAGAAGAAAUAGAUCAAUUUGGUCAAGUUACAGGAUUUUAUUUAAAUAAAAAAAAGACCAAAAUUAUUGCUAAAAAUAUGAAUCAAGAACUAAUAGAGGUAAUGCAACAACAGACAGGGAUUGAAGUGGUGAAUAAAGUGAGGUAUUUAGGAAUAUGGUUAACCCCCAAAAAUAUUUAUUUGUUUCAAAACAAUUACUUACCUGUGUGGAAUGGAAUAAAGAGGGAUCUGGAUGUGUGGGGAAGAUUGAAGUUAUCUUUUUGGGGGAGAAUAUCAACGAUUAAGGUGAGUGUGCUGCCAAAGAUGUUAUUUUUAUUUCAAUCACUACUGAUAAUCAAGGGGGCAUCAGUAUUUAAAGAAUGGCAAAAAACAAUUUCAAGAUAUAUCUGGCAGGGCAAGAAGCCAAGGAUUCAGUUCAAGUUACUAACAGAUGCAAAGGAAAGAGGUGGCUUCGCUCUGCCAGACUUGAAAUUAUAUUACGAAGCAUCAUGCCUCUGUUGGUUAAAGGAAUGGAUUAAACUAGAGAAUGGGGAGUUGUUGGGACUUAGAAGAGUUUGACAACAGAUUUGGUUGGCAUGCAUACGUAUGGUAUGAAAAGAAGAAAAUUCAUAAAGGGUUUGAAAACCACAUCUUUCGAAGAUCACUGAUAGAGGUAUGGGAAAGGUAUAAAAAUUUGUUGGAACCAAGACUCCCCCACUGGAUUUCACCAUUAGAAGUAUUGAGUGUGAAAAAGAUUAACAUGAGGGGGGGGAUGGAUAACAUAUGGAGAUUUGAUAGUGAGGGGGGGGGGGAAUGGAAAAUGAAAUCUUAUGAAGAUGUGAAAGAAUUUGUUUAUGAUUGGUUGCAUUAUUACCAGGUUAAUGAAAUGUUUAAAAAAGACUGUAAAGAGUGUGGAUAUGAAGGAAAAGAUUCAAAAUUUCAAACAGAGGUACUGAAUAGUAAGUAUAAAAAUUUAUCAAAAAUGUAUAAAAUGUUGCUGGAAUGGCAUACAAAAGAUGAAGAGGUUAAAUCGGUAAUGAUACAUUGGGCCAGAGAUUUUGGGUACAAUAUACAAUAUGAUGAUUGGAUGAAAUUAUGGAAUGAAAGGUUAAAAUUUACGGCCUGUACUGCGUUGAAGAAAAAUAUAAUGAAAAUGGUAUAUAGAUGGUAUAUAAUGCCAGUAAUGUUAUAUUACUGGCCAAAAUGUAUAAAACAUGUAAUAAGUGUUGAAAAUGUAAAGAAAAAAAAGGAACAUUCUAUCAUAUGUGGUGGGAGUGUAAAAGGGUGAAAGGCUUCUGGGAAAUGAUAUAUAAUGAACUGAAAAAGAUGUUGAAAUAUACGUUUGUUAAGAAACCGGAAGCCUUCUUACUAGGAUUGGUAGGUAAUGAAAUAAAUAAGAAAGAUUGUAAACUUUUCCAAUACGCAGUAACAGCAGCGAUAAUACUUCUGGCUCAAAGAUGGAAACAAGAAGAAAUUCCAACGGUGGAAGAAUGGAGAACGAAAUUGACUGAAUACGCAGAAUUGGACAAACUAACAGGGAAGAUUCGAUACCAGAGAGACCAAAAGUUCAUCGAAGACUGGGGGAGAUUUACAGAUUAUCUGAAAAGCAUAUGUGAUGAACAGAUAACGCUUGUUGGUUUUCAAGAGACUCUGUGAAAAAUUAAGAAAUAUUGUAAAAAAGAGAGUAAGAAGGGAGAGGUGAUAUUUAAAGGCAAUAUUAAGUUUAGAAAUGUGUUAACAAUAUAAAUUUAAACGAAAGAUUGGCAGAGAAACUGAGGGAAGUCAAAAAUAGACGAAUGUGUGACAAAAUGUGGAUUGAUUGUAUAAAAUUGUUUUGAAAAUGAAUAAAAAUAUUAUUUUAAAAAAGAAAUAAAAAAAAGAAAUCAAUGUCCUAAGUUAAUCAUGCCCGUUAACUUCAGUGGGUCUACUCUUAAGUAGGACUAGGAUUGACUAAACCUGAUUCUAGACCUUAGCAGGUUGCAAAAAAUGAAACCCAUUGACCCAUUAUAGUAGACUUUUGCAAAGAAGUGCCCCAAAAUGACUACCUCUCAAAUAAAUCACUAACCUGUUCACCAACAUAAACAUCACACACAGUUGCAUGUAUACAACCUGCUGCUCUCUGCACCAGGAUUUGUGGAACUGGGGCAUAAACCCAACAGUAGCAUUGCAAAAGACUCUUUAACAAGGUAUCUCCAGGCUACUGUUUAAAAUCAGUUUAAGAAGCAAAAGUCAGGAGGUGCACAUUUGCUGUGAGCUCCCAAAUUCACCUUCUGCAGCUUGCACCAUUUGCAAGGUGGUUUGGGUGACGGCUGUGAUGAGGUCUCUGCUGCAAGAUCUCACUCUCAGACUUUUGCUUCCUCCCCUUUGAAACCGCCUUGCGCAAAAGCAGCUCUUAGGUGGCCAGCUGUCUACUUUGCAUGUGCAUGUGCUAUCACACUGGUGAUCUUUCCCUUCCGUGGAGUUCAGGGGGAGCUGUAUAUAGCUGUAGACUUAACUGCUUGUGACCCCUGCUCUAUCAGUGUUGGAGCUUGUCCUUCUUCAAAGAUGCACUGGCCUUCAUCCAUGCCCACAGCUUUUGUUGGUUGGUGCCUGUGCUAGGAUUCCGCUGUUGUUAAGUUGGUGUGCUUGGGACAGUCAGAAGUUUCUUAAUGUUGAGAACAGAUGGCCGCACCGUGACCACAGGCUGGUUCAACUCUGUUUCUCUGGGAUUUGGGACCUUAAAUCUGGAGAGGUUUCCCAAUAGGUGUUUUACUUUCAGGGGACUUGGGAUGGCAUGGGAGAGACACCAGCAGCAUAAACAGCCCUUUCUGCAGGGUGGGCAUCCAUUGGAGUGCCCCCAUAGAAGGGGUGGGGGAGAGGUAAUUAGCACAAGGCUUCCCUCCUCUACAGAAGUUGUUCCACAAGCAGAAUGUCACCUUGCUGCUCUUUGUCAUACUGGAUGUGCCACAUUUUCUGCUUGUUGUCACCCCCAAAAAAUGGUCCCCGCAUACCCCUAAAUAGGAUAGCAGAAGGCCAUAACUGGCAUUUACCUACAUCAGGAGUGGCAGGCUCCCAAUGUCAAUUGACCUUUCUGGCUGAGGCUGGUGGAAGCCCAACUAAAGCAGGGUUGGCUGCCCAGAUGCUGCUGAAUUCUGGAUGUGGGGCACAUCCCCAAGCAGUGCCAAGUGCUUUUCUUUUCUUUUUACAGGAGUGAUAAUGGUUGUGGCUUCAAAAGACUAUUUAAGGCAGGAAUAGCCAACGUUGUGCUCUCCUGAUGUUGCAGGACCACAACUUUCAUCAUCCUUGACCUGUUGGUCAGGCUGGCUUAGGCCGAUGGGUGUUGCACCCCAACAACAUCAGGAGGGAAGCACACAAGCUACUUCUGGUUUAAGCAAGGUAACAGUGGCAGGGAGAUGGCGGUAUUUCUGUGCAAAAUGGCAACUACGCAUAACAUAGGCUAGCACAUCAGUUGUCAGCUUGUGGUUUGGUACCCAAAACUGGGUCAUGGGCAAAUGAAGGGGACACAGUCUUCAUUUUAUUUUAAACCUCUUUUUAAGAGCAAAGAGACAAGCAAAAAGGCAGAACACCGAGAGAGAGAGAGAAAAGGGGGAGAAAAGACAGGCAUAUAUCUAGCUAAUAAAAAAGAAGUUUCAUCCAGCAAUUGGAGGUUAAAGGGAGGCCCCAGAACUAAUGUUGGGGGACACAGUGAAGGAAAAAAGACAACUUGUGUCUCUAAUGAAAGCAGUCAUGGUAUUUUAGAAAGGUGAUGAGUAAUAUUAAAAUUAUACAGGAAAGUCCGGCUCAACCAGCCUCCUAUUUCCAACAGUCAGUCUUGGGUGACCUAGAGCCAGCCACUAGCAGCCUAACCUACCUCAAAGGGUGGUUGUGAGGAUAAAACCAGCCGGGAUCAUGUAAGCUCCUAGGAGGUAGAAUAAAAAUGUGAUAAAAGGGGGAGGGGAGCAGAACGAAAUAGUGGCCAAGCAGAUGUCUCAGGAAUACUCAAAACAAUUUAUAAUGAAUGGCGAGUUUUCCUGUGUUUACCCAUGUGGGAAUCUCAAGGUUUUGCUCCCGUCAUAGUUAAACCACUAUCAUUCCUGGUAUGGGGCAUUUUCGGGCAGUUAAUUUUGUGCCUGCUUUGCAGAUUGGGCUAGUCUGAACCAUUAGUAGGUAUGGAAGGAUUGUUGCUGUGAUAAAGAUUAUUUUACCUUCAUUUUUCACAUUUUGUACAUUUUUAGAGGCCAAAUCAAUGGAGUUGUGUUUUCAUUGUUUCACGGUUUCGUUUUUAAAACUGUCUUAAUAAAAAUGCUAAAACUUCAAAAGAAAAAGCACUGCUGUAUCACUUCUUUGGUCCUCAGAUUAGGACUAAAUGGGGCAUGCGAGGCAUUGCUGAAUGUGAAACACUAACUUCUCAUUCUCCCUUACCUUGUGCACUCUGUAAAGUAGAAGUACUUGCCGUCUGUCUUUCAUGUUACUCAUGAAUGACUGCAAGGUGCUAUAAACUCGGAAGCUAUCAAACUGGAGCUCACAGAAAAUAUUUACUUCAUUUUAGGCUUUUCCUUCAGAUAGUUAAGACUGUAGUGUAUGGCAGGGACUGGAUUUGGCAAAGGAGAGAUUAACUAUAAGGUUACAAUUCUGCACACUUACACCAGAACACUGCAGGACUUAAGUCUGAGCAAACAUGCAUCAGAAGAGUGCACUAAAUGAGACUUUAUAGCUUGCUCCUAACCUGUUUACUGGCAUCUGUUUUUCACAUUGUGCUCAACAUGUUUUGCAUUUACCAAGCUUAAACGGAACCCUAUGUGUAAUCUCUGGAAGAACAGUUGUGUUUCCUUAUACAAAAGAAAAACUAAAUUCAUCAUCCACACAUUUCAUUACUAAGACUCUUUUUGGCCCACAAGCAUCACAGAAAUUAGACACUCUCAUCACUAGCACCUGCAGAUCUUAACACUGGGGUGCAAGCUUGCAGCUAAAGCUGGUCAUACUCAGAGUAGACCCACUGAAAUGGCAAACAGUUUCAUGAACUUCAAUGGGUCUACUCUGAGAAAAAAAUUGGUUUGAUACAAACCAUGGUUCUAAGAGAAGUGCUACUGCUUUGACUUAUUGCACAGUACAACUGCACUGUGGUAUAAAAAGUGUGACAAAAAGGUUUAGGUAUG